AUGAAGCAAGAAAUCAAAGAAGAGCUUUGUCAGGAUGGCAGCGAACAUGAAUGGGUGCCCUUGAGCGACGAGGUGAACUGGGAUGUAUUGAUGGCUCCCUCCGAGCCCAAUGGCACAGAGUGGGCAUGGGUUCCACAAGCCCCAAGAGAGAUCGACAGUGAUGACGAAGGGCUGGUUUUGUGGGAGGCGCCAGAUCCAAAUGGACUCAAAGAGGCUUGGAUGGAUAUUUGUGGAUCAAUCCCUGGCAUGAAAAAGCAAGAACUGUCAGCAGUGCCGCCAGCCAAGCCAGUUGCCAAGACAUUGCCCAGAAAUGCCCAAGCGCGGCCUGCCGAGCCCUUGACAGAGAAGGGAACAGCAAGAAGUUCGGGCUUGCUUAUGGCCAAGAUGGAGGUGGCUGAGGCUGCCCAGAGGGAGGAAAGCAAGGAUCGCCCGCAGCCCUUGCAACAUGCAUCGGCCAAGGCCAAGCGGCGGCCAAAGCGACCGGUUUACCAACAACCUGGUGCCAAACCCAAGGCAGCACCUGAAGCCAAGAAGCUGGAGGUGGCCAAGACUCCAAUGACGCCCCCAAAGGCAUCAGUCCCGCCGCCGCCCAGAGAAAUGACCUCACAGGGCUCUAUGGCGCCACGCACGCCUCCCAAGGCCAGCGUCUUGCCACCUCCACCGCCACCGGAACCGGCCAAUCUUUCAAGAUCAGCUUCAGCACCAAAGGAGGACAUUUGGGAGGCCAAAGAAGAGCUUUCGAACAAUGAGGAGGUGAGUGAUUUGGCGCAGGUGGCGCAUACGGCGAAUGCAGAUUCAGAUUCUGAAGAGGAAACGGAGAAAGCUUUGGCGGAACAGUUCAAGACUUUGCUCUUGAACUCUUCAGAGGCCAUCGAUGUGUUGGAGGCUGCUGUCUUCCGACAUACGCUCUGGCAAGGGAUACAAAGGAGCUCGUGGACUGCGGCCGAGCCAGCGGAAGCGGAAGCAGUGAUGACAGCCAAAAAGGAGGAGGAGGAGGAGGUACCCUGGGAGAGCACAGAGUAG